CCAUGAGAAUGGACGGAGUUGACCCACAUGCUAAGGAUCUACCAUGUCGACGUGCCUCCUUACAACCAACCCUACUCAGUCAUCGACGCUCAACAACCCUUGCACCAAAAGCUCUGCUCUCGGCAGACGGCAAUAGUAGAGUUGAACUCCGAAGCCCACUCCUUAGUUCCAGACAUCUCCCUUCUCGACUCCGGAAAGCUUCCUUGUCCAACCUUAGAACUAUACCGUGUAUCACGGCACUGUCCAUUAAUAUGUCGCUGCUGGUCAGACAGUUUCAGUCUGUGACGGGUAACCCUGAAUUUGAUGCAGACGUGUUGCGAUUGGCAAUCCUCUUUAACGAUGUGGGUACCGUCUCACGUAUACUACACACCCACUUCAGCUUAUUCAAUGUUAAUUAUGAUGUUGUAGCCGGUCCAAGUACGAAGAAUGUCCGACCUCGAAGCGAUAGCCUUACUGUUCAGGUGUUGCUCAACCAGAGUACGGCACUCAUCAGCAAUUGGGAGAGGAGUCUUGAGGAUUCACCUGAUCACGAUAAACCCAAACCCUCUGUGUUUACCAAUGCAUUACAUCUGGCCAUUGCCUGUGGCUCUACGGAGGUUGUGCGUCUGCUAGUUAAGUGCGGAGUGGAUCCCAACUGCGAAGGAGUGGAUCCACCAACGGACCUAGAGCUGUCAGCUAAUCAACAGAACAACGGCACUGAUCACGACGGCUUCCAGUACUUCGCAAAUCAGAUCAACCAGGUCCGGGAGUGGUUUUUAAAACCAGCAAUUCAUCUCGCGACACGGAUGGCCAACUGCCUGAUUGUCAAGACCUUACUCCGAUACGGUGCAGACCCUGAGGCCGAGGACAGUCAAGGAUCAACGCCUCUCCACGUUGCCGCCCAAGCACCUCUGGAGAGGUGGGAAUGUGCUUCUAUUUUCAUUGAACACGGUGCAAGGAUAUUCAAAGAAGAUCAGAAUGGAGAACGACCUGUUGACAUUGCUCCUGGGUUAGAAGUCCUUCAACAGAAAGUUCUACACGAGACUCUGGAAGUGUUUUACCCCGACAAGGGUCCAAAUGACCCAGAAGAGGAUGUACUGCAGCAGAGAAUCAAUUCAGUACGUGACAGUCGGAAGGUCUCACUUGGCUUGCUAGCUCUACCGCGCUUUGUAGCCAAAGUAGCCCGUUCCCGUUCUCCAAACUCUAGAGAUCGCUGCGCCACAGUGUGCAUCCCACAGGAGACCAACUCGGAGAGAGAGUCACCAGAUCAGAUAUCCGUAGAUAAACGGAACCGUAAGAUGAGUCUUGGUCUGUGGCACUGGUUGGAUAGACGCCGUAGAUCAAGGGAAGAUCCUGUCAAGAUCGACACGGAACAUUCUGACUCAACCCCGGCUCAAGUCACUCAGCAAGAGAAAGCAUCUGAGCCUGCUCCCUUGAGUCUACCGAGCGUAUUGCCAGGAAGUGCAGAACCCAGACCCAGUCGAUCGAGAACGCACACCAUGGAGAAUAUAGAUGAAGAUAUCUGCAGCGAGACGUUUGCAGCGGAGAGGAGCAUCCAGGUCCUACAGCGUCUUUCUUCCAACACGGAAUGUCUUCCAUUACUUCUUGAGCGCCUACCAUCGUGCCUUCCUAAACUCCAGCCCCUCACUGCAAGCCUCGGUGGUCAAAUAGGCAUGGGUGUCGGUAAAUUGCUACGAAAUAUCCUCCAGGCGUGCACGGCGCCAUCUGGAACUGACGGGACCAUCGAGGGAACGGAGACGGGUGGAAAUCACCAUGGUGCCGGCGAUUUGGAGGGCAUCCGAGGCGAGAGGCUCGGCAAACUGUUCCGUAUUGCCCUUCAUUUCGUCAGGUGUGGGGAGUGCGUCCGUGAUGCGGCUCUGGGCGUUGUUAACACGGUGCUAAAGCUUCACUUGAAGAUGGAGAAUCGGACUUCGUAUUGCGCUUGCAGCCCCAAGAAGGUCCGUCCAGGAUCAGAUAUGAACACCUCCCCAAGACGUGCCUUAAGGCAACAAACUGAAAGUACAUGCAACAAGACGGGAGCAACACUGGGAGUGGUUUGCAACCAUCACCCCAACUCAAAAGGGGGCGAAUCUCUUUCGGUCCCCUCAAGUCCAAAUAUGGAAAACUUUAGGCUUAAGAUGGAUGCAAUUCAACCCAAGACAUCUUCUCCUGGAUUGUCCAGAAAGCAUAGCUUCCGAUACAGUUCAAACUCAUUCUAUGCUAAGAGAUUGGUCCUUCGUAAAAGUGUCCAUUCCAAGUUGGGUAAGUUUGCCCGGAGUAUUGGCCGGGGUGCCAAGACGAAGCAGACCGCCCAGCAGACGGCAACUCCGAGUGCGGUCCGGCUUCUCACUACGGUGGACGUAGAGAUGCUUUUAGAUUGCCUCCAUAGUGUCUCCAAACCAGAUUCUUCAAGUGAGGAUUCUUCCAGUGAUAACGCACCUUCUUCGACCGGAUCGAGAUCCGAGGAGUCCGGCCCUACACAGGUCAAGCAGGCCCAGCGGCUCGCCGCUAGGGCCCUGUUGACAAUCGCUAGCUUACCGUCCACCCGGAGAGCUCUUAUGCGACCGGAAUACCUGUGGAAACUCUUAUCUGUGCUUGAGCCUUCAUGUGAUCAGGAGUUUUUGUGCCUCGUCCUGCAAGUCGUUCAAGUGCUCGUGCUCGAUCCGACCAAUCACGUGGCCUUAGUCGCGGCAGGUCUCGCUCAAAGAAUCGACAAGAUUUCCCGCCAGUAUUUCGAUCGACCAUGCACAGAGGAGCGAUCUACUCAGACGGGAUCCCCUCUGGCUCUCCAUGUCACAAGAAUUCAGGUGUACUUGGGGCUUCUAGACCACAACGACCAAAGGAUGUCUCAAAGCCUUCUGAGCAGUGAAGUAGCCGACGCUCAUGCUGCUGAUCAGGCUUCCGAUCAGGCUUCCGAUCAGACCACUGAAGACCAUUCUUCCAACCCGGGACUGACUACCAGUCGCAGUCGGUAUGACGACAGGGAUUCACAGAUCCAUGACGGCUUACUACUCAAGAUAUCACACGCCACUCUUGAGAUGCUUGUCUCUAUGGCAAUCGGUCAUCCAGGGACAGAGGGAGCUAAUGGUGCAGCUUGCCAAUGCAGUCCGAUUACUGAGUCUCAUCCUCCACACUCAAGACGCUCAUUGAAGACGCCAAAAUGCAAGCUGACGGACCGUUGUCGAUUUUGUUGCUUCCAAGACACACUCCUGGAGACGCUACCAGUAAGCGUACACCCUAUCAUCCUGCUGAGGUUGUUGGAGCACACACUACUCACCACGCUGCGAUGUGUUCAGAAUUUGACACGGGCUGAUGAAGCAGACUCCAAGGCUGAGUGGGAAUCUAACACAAGACUACAGACAAAGAUUUGUUUGAUGCUGAUGAGAUGGUUGGAUACAAUUCCAGAGGAUUUCUACUACAAUGCCUUCCUACGCCAGGAAGCAUCCCUUCUCAUCAGACGCCUACCACCCCUCAAUGAAAACUUCCAACCUUUGAUUAAGAAGAUCCAGAAUGUCUUGACGACCCCAUCAGAGACGACCCUCCUGCAGAAGAAGACACCAGACAGACCCUACCCUCUCCAACACAACCCAAGUAUCUCCUCCACAGGGAGCCUUCGCUUUGCAUCACCUGACCUGGAGGAUGUGGCCUCGGUUGGCUCGUGCUCUUCUAGAACUGGGAGUCGUUCUGCUGCAGUGCCGUCAGGACCCAUGAAUAAGUUCAAGAGGAAUGCCUCAUUGAUAUCACAGGUGUCCAGUAACUCAUCCAUUAGUGCGUUGCAGAGUAUUGCGUGCCUACCGGCGAUGAUUGUUAAGAAGUCUUGUGUUCUGUACGGAGAGGAUCUAGAUCAACUGUAUCAAAAGUUGAACAGAGAGAUUAUUGAGGAGCAUCUCCCAUGCAGUCAGGAGGAUGCAGUGAAACUAGCUGCUCUGCAGCUGCUCUCUGACUCACCAGGCCAAGCCUCGUCUAGCCAAACCCAUCAUCAACACCACCAGCAACAGAUGAUGGCUCUGACUACCCAGCAGACUGUCAUGGGUCUCCCGACCGUUACAUUGGAUCUCCCUGCUGAGGACGUUGAAACACCCAUUAUUGAUGAUUUUCUUGAGGAUGCAACAUUUAGCCGUCAGGGUUCCUCCACCACAGAUGGCACGCUUCACCUUGGUCAUCAUCAUCCUCAUCCGGGCCUUAGCUCAGAUGACAGAUAUGGAAUCUUGAAGACCUCUGGGCCAUGUAAAGUCCCCAAUACUGAGGACAGUCCAUUACGGACCGGAGUUGUCUUAUCUGGAGGUGGCCCAACUGCUAUCUCCUCACACUCCACAGCCGGCAUUCCUGAGGAGACAGCGGAGAAACUCUGCCUGGAUAGGGUGAAGAGAUGCCUUCCCCGCGGGUAUACUAACAUCCGGGCUGUACAGAAGUCUGCUAAGAGGUGUUUUCAGUGUUACUCCAGCGCUCUGGUGGAUGUACAUGAUCCCUCGGAGCGGAGUUCAAGGGCAAAGCAGAUGUACGUUGAGUUUUGCAAACAGUUGCCUCUCUAUGGGAGUGGGAUGUUUCAUGUGAAGGAACUGGCCGGGAGUCGCCUUCGAAAAAAGGCGCCCCGCAUCCUGAGCAUCGGACCUAAAGAAAUCGCUCUUCUCCACCCGUCGUCCAAGUCGGUCCUUCGCUCUCACCGGACAGCUUUCCUUCAGAACUGGCACAUUGGGGCUUACAAGCACGGCAUCAGCCAACUCGUCUUAGAGUUCCAGGGAAAUAAUAAGUGGGCAGUUCAGCCGCUGACGUUCCCUGAGCUUAAGGCAAUCUGCGCCAACCUGACGUCUGUCAUGCAGAAGACACAAGAAAAUGGGGAUAUAGCAGGGGAGGUGAACAUGGCAGACGGUUCUGCCUCCACUCUAAAUAAAGCCAGUAGUCCAGAUGUACCCCAUCUUCUCCAAAUGCAGACUUCCCUCUAUCAGGAGGAAUUUGACCGAUGUCGAAGACUCCUUCACUUCCCGGAAGAGGUUGCACUAAUUCUAACAGAAACAGAGCAUGCUCUCUUUAUUGAGGUACCCCCAGCGAGUUACGUCAGACAGGUUACCAAUAACCGCAGCCAGGGGCCUGAGUUUAUAACAGGGGAUGAGACGGGGAGCAAGACAGUCAAAGAUCUGCAUCUCAGGUUUAGAGAGGUGAGUGACUGGGUGACUGAACUGAUCGUUACCGAAGGUGAAGAGAACAAGACCACAUUACUCACUAGUCUGGUGCAAGUAGCCAAUGCUUGCUGGAAUAUGGGUAAUUUCAAUGCAGUGAUGGAGAUACUAGACGGGCUAAGGAACUUUUUCGAUUGCUCCAGGUCUCUCCUAGUACGUCCACUGUUCCAGGGCUCCGAUGAGGGUGAUGUCGAGGCCAUGAUGGCGUUGUAUGAGUCCAUCAAUAGUAACAACAUGGAGUACCGAGAUGCUGUAGACAGGGCAAUCUGCAUCCCUGGAUGUAAAGUGGUUCCUUACUUUGGAGCAUUCCUGAGAGAGCUUCAAUUUAUCUUUGAAGAGAACUCACCCAUCAUUGCUGUCCCAGAACCAACAGAUAAAGACUUGGAGAGUGAUACACAAACGUCUAUGGAUUAUUCAGGAAUUCUACUCAACACUGAUAAGAUGAUGAGGACUAACUGGGUACUGAAUGAUAUCAGGCUGUGCCGGCAAUCUGCAGACAGAAACAGAGAAAAUGAAAGUGAAAACAAGGAGGAGGAUACUAAGUCAACAGGUAAAACUUCGUACAUUACCUGUGAUGAUCAGGAAUACCCAUACGACCCUGUCCACCCAGUACCCAACCCUCAUCAUAUUGAGAUUAUCCUACACCAUCUCCUAGAGAGGGACCUCCACCUUCUACAGUGCAUGCACCACGGCACCACGGCCGUCCACUGGGAUGAGGAUAAGUCCACCAUGUGCCAGCUGCGUCUGGACCCCACCAACAGUCUCCUGGUCUGGUCUAAGGUCUCAUUCAAUGGGGAUGAUUCAGAUAGCUCAUUGGAGUCUGUGCUGUGCAAUAAGUACAAUUCAAACAUCAUGAUUUCUAAUGGAUUCGAAGAGGGAUACCUAGACCUGAUGAGUGCUAAGGAUGUGUUUCUUGGGGACCAGGAAGUGGAUUGUAGCUCCAUUGCUAAACGGCAUAACCUAUCUGGGAUCACCCAGGGAGAGAAUUCCUUCGCUGUGCUGUAUGGUGGCGGGAUAGUCGACAAUAGACUACUUCAUUUUGUCGGACCUAGUAGAACGGUGUCCCUGUGGGCUUAUGGUCUUCGUGCUUUGAUCAGGGCUAUUAGGAAACAACGGUUACUUACAACGGAUCGAAGGAUUAUGUGGUUGCAGCGGGAGUACCUCAACUCAUUUUUUGAAUUUGGGAAAUGUGUGGGACCAACACCUUUGGAAGCAAUAAAAGUUUUUGGAGGAAAGAAUUUAGCAAUGAAGAAGCUGCCAAAUGAAAAGAGUCAGAGUGUCGACUCGUUGUCUUCACAUAGUAAACCGCUUACUGGAUACAGCUCACCGGCCAAGAAGAUAGUCAUCAAGCAGAAAUCACUUAUAUCAGCUCAGAAGGUUUCUGACGACAGCAAGCUGAAGAACAGAGGUCGAAAGUCUCAGAGUUUCAAGAAGAAAGCUAUGAGGAAGAUGUACACAAGGUCAAUCGCAAGCGACACGUUCCAAGGGUCUGCAGAGGGUGAUGAUUCUCCAUCAUCCAGCAUGGAUAUACCUGAUGGAUCUAGAACUGUUAAUGAUGACAGUGGGGUUUCAGAACUCAAUGGAUCAAUGACGGAAGGAAAAGAUUACGACACAACAUCAGUUUCAGCAUCCAUUCUGACUGAUCGAAGUCAAACUGAUUCUACCCGAAGUAGGACAGACUCAGCCCGUAGCCAUACAGACUCAAGCUAUAGUGAAGUAGGGCAGGAAUACCCACUCUCCCAUCACCCACGAAGGAAGUCACCCAGUUUGGGUAGUGUGGGAAGUCAAUCACUGCUUACUAUGAACUCACAGCUUUCAUUCACAGAAUUUGUGGAAUUAUUCAAGUCUUUCAGUCUGCGCUGUAGGAAGGAUCUGAAGGAUAUAUUUGACUCUUACUCCAAGCCUUAUUCAUCCAGCAAAGACUCUCUAGCCGCUGGGUCCAGCAAAGGUGUAGAUGGUGACACAGGAUACAUACAGGGAACAAUGUUCAGCCUUACGAGGAAUAUGUUUAUAGAGCCCCUGAAUGAUAGCAAUCGCCGGGUUGCUGAUGCCAUCGCAGCCUCCAGUGUGCAAGCCAAUAGCACUGGUGUUCAGACAGUGACUACUCAUGUAAUGGGGGUGGAAGAAUUGAAGCAGUUCUUGGGAAGGGAACAAGCGGAGGAAAUGGAGGAGAAGGAAGCACUGAGCGUUAUCCAGCGCCAUGAGCCUUCAUCCUCUGUAAGAGACCAACAGUGUCUUUCAUUUGAAGGGUUUGCUCGUUUUAUGAUGGACAGAGAUACAUAUGCCUUCAAUAAUGAGGAACAGGUCUAUAAACGAGAGGAGCUAAACCAUCCAUUGAGUCAUUACUACAUAGAUUCAUCCCAUAAUACUUACUUGACUGGUCAUCAACUACGAGGAGAAUCAUCCGUUGAAAUUUAUGCUCAGAUAUUACUGACUGGCUGUAGAUGUGUGGAGUUAGAUUGCUGGGAUGGUGAUGAUGGUUAUCCUUUGAUAUAUCACGGUCAUACUCUGACGUCUAAGAUCAGCUUUAAGGAAGUGGUAGAGGCAAUUAAUAGAGCAGCCUUUGUAACAUCGGACUAUCCCAUCAUUCUAUCUAUUGAGAAUCACUGCUCUCUACCCCAGCAAGCCAGGAUGGCACAAAUAUUCAUCGAUGUUUUGGGUGAUAAGUUAGUAACCCGCUUUAUGUGUGAGUCUGAUUUCUCUGAUGACCCACAUCUACCCAGCCCUGAGCAACUCCGUGGGAAGAUUCUAGUCAAGAAUAAGAAGAUCAAAGCCAACCAGCUUCCACCUGAACUACUGAAACACAGGAUGAUGCAGAUGGCAGGAGAACAGAAGAGUCAAUGGGGAGCAGAGAUAGCAGCAGCCACUGCCUCUAUGGGAGACAUCUCAGAGGAAGAAGAUGAUGAAUUUGAAGAUGCAUAUGAAGAUGUCAUACCACCAGAAGAACCUAGUAGUGAUGUAUCAGAAGCAAAACCUCCAACGUUGUCCAGGAUGGAGUCUACUACAACGGACAUCACUGAAGUAUCCGAAGAACCAUCAAAAGUCAUUUCUGUCAAUAACAACAAUGUGACAAACAUCAAACAGUCCUCCAGCGCACAAAAGAGGAAUGGUAGUCUUGCCUCAUCACCAGGCACAGGUGAUGAUGUUUAUAAGAUGACUCAGGUUAAACACAAGAAGAAGAAAGAGGGACAUCAGAUUGCAGCUCAACUCUCUAAUAUUGUCAUCUACACCCAAGCUGUCAAAUUUCCAGGUUUUGCCGAUUCAUCUGUUUCGAGUAAAGACAAGAUGAGUAAAAAUCGAGAUAAGGAGCGUAAGGCCAGCACAAACUCCACUAGUUCUAUUCCUGGCAGUCCUGCUUCAUCUAUUAAGGAACUUAGCCUUAGCAGGAGUGAGUCAAUUGAUACUGAUCGUGGACCAUCAGAUAGUCUACCAAUGGACCAGCUAACCAGCCUCACACAAACACCAAAGUGCUACCAUUGUUCAUCAGUCAAUGAAACUAACCUCAAGAGAAUGUUCCGCAAGUUUCCAUCACAUUUCAUCAAGCAUACUGAGUACCAGUUGAUGAGGACUUACCCAGCUGGUAUGAGGAUUGAUUCCUCCAACUACAAUCCAGUCAUAUACUGGGCAUUUGGAAUACAAAUGGUAGCUCUCAACUACCAAACAGAAGAUACCAAUCAGAUCACCAAUAAGACAAUGUUUGAACAGUCGGGAAACUGUGGCUACUUACUCAAACCUUCAAAUCUCUUUGACAAGACCAAUCCAUUAUUCCAGCGAUUCGAUGCAUAUGAUAAAGUCUUUGAUGGCCUCAAGGCUAAAGAGCUUACAAUAUCCAUUGUAUCUGGGCAGUUCCUCUCCACUACCAACCCAACCUCCUCCUACAGCAUUGAGAUAGAACUACUUGGCAUCCCAGCAGACUGCGCUAAGUGGAAGACUAAACCAGUAUCUAGGAAUUCCAUCAAUCCCAUCUGGGAUGAAACCUUUACAUUCCAGAUCAACUAUGAGGAGAUUGCAUUCCUUCGUCUCAAUGUGCUUGACAGCAGUGGAAACUCAGCGGCUCAGAGACAGAUCCCUCUAAAAUGUCUCAAGUCAGGCUUUCGUCACAUCAGACUCCGAUCACCUCAGAACGUCCCCUUGGAGCUAGCCUCCUUGUUUGUCUUCACUCGUCUUGAAGAGAUGAAAGAUACAUCAGACAAGACCAAACUGCUUGAAGCUCAGAGGAAACGGCAGAUGCUCUCUAACAUGGUGUACUAUCACAUCGGCAGAGAACGCAGUACCAAGAUGGAGUUCAUAGAGGUGGUAGACGGGACGCAGAUGAAACGAGUGGCCCACCCUCUGGUUGUUUAUGGCAUUGUUACUCAGGAGCAGGGCACAACGCUUAAAGUAACUCAAGAUACCAAAGUCCAUGAAGUUAUAGCACAGGCGUUGGGGUGGUCAGAGAAGCCCCUUGAUGACAUCAGUCUCUAUGCUAUAAUUGAAGAUGUUCAAGAAAACUAUGAGGAAUACCCUGGAGAGUCUAAGACUGAGAGUAGAUCAGAGGAACGCACUUUAGAGAUGGAUGAGAAGAUUCUGGAAGUCCAAACGGGUUGGUCUGGGAAAGGCCGCUUCAUCCUCAAGCAGAUAACGGAGCUCCAGCAGGAUCAAGUGUCCUACUCUCCAAGUCACUACUCCCCAAGUCAUCUUAACCACUUGAAGACGCAGAGUCUGCGCUCACCAAGGUUCCCGCGGAAUCAUAGGAGACAUCGAUCGGAUGAGUGCACCUCGGUGGAUGCUGGGACGACUGAUAAGACAUUCUUGGUCUGGGUCUACAACGUAUCCCAAGAGCAACCUUACACAGUAUUCAGAGCUUUGGUUAACAGCACAGCACAAGAUAUUAUUGCUCAGGCAAUGGCCAAAGCUCAUCGUCUAGACGCUGACCCAAGUAACUUCGUCUUGACAGAGGAGGUUUACAAAGACUGGAAGGGCUCAGAGAUAAAGAAGGACAUCCAGGAGAAGGUGACAAGUCGAGUCUUAGAUGAUUCAGAUAUGGUCUUUGAGAUUCAGAAUCUGUGGAAGACACCAGGAAGAUUUACUCUCAGAGAGCGGGAUGAGCCUGCUGUAUCUCAGUAUCUACCCAAUAUGAAGGCAGCUAUGUAUAGUGCGGUGAGUGGUGGAGGCAAAAAGUCUGGCUUCAAACGACUGACUAGCAUGAAGAACAAGAAGUCUAACAAAGAAGCCAAAGAUAAAGAAGGUUCUCAACAAAGUCUAUCAAAUGCAGCUAAGAAGUCUGCUACUCUUCCCAGAGACUUUAAAGCGGAGGAUUUCAAGGCAGAGAUUGAGAAGUUGGAAGAGACAGAGAAGACGACCUCCCGCUCCUCAAAAAGCAAACUCCUUUCCUCUAAGAGCAAUCUCGUUGGUAAGCUGAAACGAUGGAAGACGGAGAGCACAUGAGCGGCCAUAAUGACAGGACAUGUUCCCUGUUACAAACAUACUCUGUGAUGCAGAAGUCAAAAAGAGUCCUGACUAUAUUCCAGAUUCCAGCUUCACUGUAAUUGCAUGGAUUUGAUUUUGGAAUAGAAGAAUCGCCUGUAGUGGGAAUGAGAACAAGUUCAGUAUCCAUUACAGGUUAAAUGAUCAGAACCCAAUAUCAUGGCUCUGCUAACCGCCGAAUUCUUCACUUACGAUCACCAUUCUCUGUCUGAAGGCAAGCAUCAA